AAAAAUUUUACCCAAACCCAAAACCCAAUUCCAUUUUCCCGGCUGGCCAUUUUAGUAAGACCGCUCGAAUACCUCCCUCCCAAAAUCACACACAAACACUCUCUCCCACACUGAGAAGAUGAUGAAGCUAUCGCGCCUUUUGCCGUCCAGGAAGCAGUUGUCUGAAAAACUGUUAUAUGGGAAAGUUGCUGAUGUUAAAGAUUCUUCAUGGUUGUAUGCUUUUACAUUUCGGGCUGGGAUAUCAACUGCUAGAGAGAAUUUUGCUUCUAAAGGAGAUGUUUCAAAUCAAAUAUUUGCUUCUUAUGAUGUUUACAAGGGCAAAGCUUCACUGUCUGUGAGACCUGUUCUCCCAACUUUCACCAAAUCGGAUUCUGGUAGUCUUAGAGUUCGUCGCCGUGGUGUCAUGAUGUUGUCAUUUUUACCUGCUGUUGGUGAGCGCAAGUAUGAUUAUGAGAAGAAACAGUUUUUUGCUUUGUCGGCAACAGAGGUUGGGUCUUUGAUAAGCUUGGGUCCCAAAGAUUCUUGUGAAUUCUUCCAUGAUCCAUCAAUGCUAACAAGUAAUUCUGGUCAAGUCAGGAAGACCUUAUCAAUUAAGGCUCAUGCAGAUGGUACUGGCUAUUUAAUUUCUUUGAAUGUUGUCAACAAUAUUCUUAAAACCAAAGAAUACUUCACUGUUCCUGUCACGACUGCAGAAGCUGCAGUGAUAAAGACAGCUUGCAGCUUUGCAUUGCCCCACAUCUUGGGUUGGGACCGGUUAACUAAUCAGCUGCCGAGACACAUAGAGGGGCACCCAUCAAAAGUGGAUCCAAAAAAUAUGGACUUAGAGUGGGAUAAAUGAAAUCAUACUGACCAAGAAUCAAAUAGAAUGUUCGCAUUGGAUGCCACCUCUUCGUAUUGUUUAUCAAUUCAAAAGGACUAUUUUGUGGGCGUGCUAAACCGUGUGCUUUAUUUUGUGUAGACUCUUAUGUAAUCCUGUUUCUGUAACCAAACACUUCUUUUCCGCUUUCUAGUGACGUUCUUAGUCGUAAACCAAAAAAGAAUUAGCGCAAAACUAGAAACUAUUAUGUAAAACUUUUAGAAUUAGCUAUGGUAUUGGUUCUCUGGAUCACAGGGUGCUACUUUCUAUC